CAGAAAAGUUACACAACUAAUGAAUACUAAAAUGGGGCUUCUACUGUGGAGUUCAAACCCACAGCUCUAAACCGUCAAAUCCGGGAGAAUAAACGCUUCCCAAUUCUGUUAGUCAAAGCAGUCAUCCCCCAGAAGCCUCGCGAUAUUACUCGAACUACUACUCCCAACGUGCAAAGCGGUUUCUGUGAAGCCGCCUAAGCGGCAGAGGCCGGAGGGCCUCGGCGUUCCUCGAGGCGCGGAAGGCAACCUGGGAGCCGUAGUUCUUCUGGACGCCUACCGGUAUUGCCAGCGCGGCGGUGGCGGAUCGCUCGGUUCCAGCCAGUAGGUACUGUGAGGGCGAGCUGAAGCGGAGAAAGGGCGCGGAACUGGAAACGGGUGAGUCAGGCACUGUCUGCGCGUUAAACAGAGGCGGCACCGCGGCGUAGGGUUGAGUUAAGUUAGCGCGGCCCCCGCGCAGUCUCUUUAGGGACACCGCGGUCUUAGCGUCAGCGAGCAGAGGGUGAGGAGGCGCCAGAGCCCGGUCCUUACACCCGUACUCGUCCUCAGCUCUCCGCCAGCAUCUCCACCAUGCAGUCCCGGGAAGAAGCUCCGCGCUCUCGCCGCCUUGCCAGUCCCCGCGGCGGAAGGCGGCCCAAGAGGCUUUCCAAGCCCUCGGUUUCGGCUUUUUUCACGGGCCCGGAGGAGCUGAAGGACACGGCCCAUUCCGCAGCCCUGCUGGCCCAGCUCAAGUCCUUCUACGACGCGCGGCUGCUCUGUGAUGUGACCAUCGAGGUGGUCACGCCUGGCAGCGGGCCUGGCACGGGCCGCCUUUUUUCCUGCAACCGUAACGUGCUGGCUGCCGCGUGUCCCUACUUCAAGAGCAUGUUCACUGGCGGCAUGUACGAGAGUCACCAGACGAACGUGACCAUGCACGAUGUGGAUGCCGAGUCCUUCGAGGUGCUGGUCGAUUACUGCUACACGGGUCGUGUGUCAUUAAGUGAAUCCAACGUGCAGCGCCUGUACGCCGCCUCCGACAUGCUGCAGCUCGAGUAUGUGCGUGAAGCCUGUGCCUCCUUCCUAGCCCGCCGCCUUGACCUGGCCAACUGCACGGCCAUCCUCAAGUUCGCCGAUGCCUUCGACCAUCACAAGCUGCGAUCACAGGCCCAGUCAUUUAUAGCCCACAACUUCAAGCAGCUCAGCCGCAUGGGUUCGAUUCGGGAGGAGUCUCUGGCAGAUCUGACCCUGGCCCAACUGCUGGCCGUCCUGCGCCUGGACAGUCUAGACGUCGAGAGUGAGCGGACAGUGUGCCACGUGGCGGUGCAGUGGUUGGAGGCGGCUCCCAAGGAGCGGGGUCCCAGCGCUGCAGAAGUCUUCAAGUGUGUCCGCUGGACACACUUCACUGAUGAAGAUCAGGAUUACCUGGAAGGGCUGCUGACCAAGCCCAUUGUGAGGAAAUACUGUCUGGACCUUAUCGAAGGAGCCCUGCAGAUGCGGUAUGGUGACAUGUUGUACAAGUCUCUGGUGCCAAAGCCAGAGAGCAGCAGUGGCUGCAGCUCUCUUGUGUCCAUGGCAGAAAAUCCACCCCAGAGGCUGGGUAUGUGUGCCAAGGAGAUGGUGAUCUUCUUUGGACAUCCCAGAGAUCCCUUUCUGUGCUAUGACCCAUACUCAGGGGACAUUUACACAAUGCCAUCACCUUUGACCAGCUUGGCUCACACUAAGACUGUCACCUCCUCAGCUGUCUGUGUCUCUCCAGACCAUGACAUCUAUCUGGCCGCCCAGCCCAGGAAAGACCUCUGGGUGUAUAAACCAGCCCAGAAUAGUUGGCAGCAACUUGCUGACCGCCUGCUCUGCCGUGAGGGCAUGGAUGUGGCAUACCUCAAUGGCUACAUUUACAUUUUGGGUGGGCGAGACCCUAUUACUGGAGUUAAAUUAAAGGAAGUGGAAUGCUACAGUGUUCAGAGGAACCAGUGGGCCUUAGUGGCUCCUGUACCGCAUUCCUUCUAUUCCUUUGAACUAAUAGUGGUUCAGAACUAUCUUUAUGCUGUGAACAGUAAGCGCAUGCUCUGCUACGAUCCUAGCCAUAAUAUGUGGCUGAACUGUGCUUCUCUUAAACGCAGUGACUUUCAGGAAGCCUGUGUCUUCAAUGAUGAGAUCUAUUGUAUCUGUGACAUCCCAGUCAUGAAGGUGUAUAACCCAGCCAGGGGAGAAUGGAGGCGCAUUAGUAAUAUUCCCCUGGACUCUGAGACCCACAACUAUCAGAUUGUUAAUCAUGGCCAAAAGUUGCUCCUCAUCACUUCUACAACCCCACAAUGGAAAAAAAACCGGGUGACUGUGUAUGAAUAUGAUACUAGGGAAGACCAAUGGAUUAAUAUAGGUACCAUGUUAGGUCUUUUGCAGUUUGACUCUGGGUUUAUUUGCCUCUGUGCUCGUGUUUAUCCUUCCUGCCUUGAACCUGGUCAGAGUUUCAUCACUGAGGAAGAUGAUGCACGGAGUGAGUCUAGUACUGAAUGGGACUUAGAUGGAUUCAGUGAACUGGACUCUGAGUCAGGAAGUUCAAGUUCUUUUUCUGAUGAUGAAGUCUGGGUACAGGUAGCACCGCAGCGAAAUGCACAGGAUCAGCAGGGUUCUUUGUAAAUAUUUUGAAAUACUAAGAUGUUUCUACUGCUAUGGAAUAUAUCUUAAAAAGAUGUCCUUUUCUUUUCUGGAAAAAAAAAAUUGAUUAGGGCUGCACAUUUGGCUUAGAAAGGGUAAUGUGUGAAUUGCUAAUGUCAUGUUACAAAGUUUAAACAGUCCGUGAAAUCAACUAUAUAAUGAUAUACUGUGCAGAAGGUCCAGAUUAAAGUAUGCAAAACAAUGAACCAUAUAAUUGAUUAGAAUGCUUGGUGGUUUUCUUCUUUGUUCAAGUAUUUGUUGCACUGGUGAAUCGUUUUGAUUAGUUACACUGUUUAUAUUUUGAUUAUCUAAUUUAGUCUUGUUAGUUUUUAAAUUCUAUUUAGUGUUGUGAGGAAAUUAGCUUUUUAAUUUUUAUAUAGAAAAUUGGACUAGAAAUUGUUGGUAGGGUUUUGAAGGUUUAUAUCUUCCUUCAGAAUAAUGAAAGUAGUAGAUUUCCCAAAUUUUCAAAUAGUCAGUUUUUAGGAUUCUAAGUUAAUACAGUUUGUUAAAAUUUGGUUUGGUGUUCUUCUCUUCUGCAAAGAAAAAAAUUGGACAUAUCUAUUAAGGUUAUUAAAGAGUGAUUUCAUUUUGAUAAUGUGCAGAAUGGUCUUAAGCACUCACAGAAAGUAAAAAAAAAAUCAGGAUUCCACUGUUUUAAAAGAAAUUUCAUUUUUAUUUUUGGAAUAUAAAAUGUGUAUUUGCUAAAUGUGACCAUUUUUCUGUCUUAAAAAAGACCCAUUCUGGUAGCAUCACCAACUAUUUAGACCCUUCUAAACCAAAAGCAAUAGGUAAGUUGCCAUAUUUUUUCAUCUAUAUCUGAUACAUGCUUCGUUGAAUCAGGGGAACAAUCGUUUUUUCACUGGACAUGUGAUUGGGUAAUGUAAAUUUUUAUCCGUUGGUCAUGCCUUGUCUUAAAACGUUUAUAUGCUCUCCUACAACAUUUUGGCUGUAUAAUUUUGCUGUUUGUCUUAGAGGAUUCUUUAGCAGGAAGUGACUUUUGUGAGUCGAUACUGGUUUUGAAAAUAUGUAUAAGCUAAAAACAGUGUUUUAUUGAGAUCGGUAGUAGUUAUUGUGUCUAUCAUAAAAUCCAGUGCCAGAAGAGAACUUUAAAACUUUAAGCUGUGUAUAGAAUUGUUUUAUGUAGCGUUGAAAUUUUCUGUCAGUUUUGUAAGUCACUGUAAAUGAUUAUCAGCUUGAAGCUAUUUUUGUAUUAAAAGUUGACAGUUAAAGAACAUAAGUGGAUGAUAGCGUUUGGGGCCAAUAGUGAAAGUAUGUUUCCUCUAAAAUACUUCCCUAAGCAGUGGUGUACAUGGUUAUUUUAUUAGGUUAUUUGUAUCUGUCCUAUAUUUCUCUGUGAACCAUGCUCCAGUCUGUUUUUUGUUUGUUUUGUAUCACCAUAAUAAGAGAAGGUCUAGAAAUAGAGACUAAAUUGCACAACAUUGACAUUGUUAAAUACGAGAACAUAUAGGUGCUUACUUUUGAGGGUCUGUUAAUACAUAUGGUUGUCACAAUACAUAUACACGAUAAAUGGUGUAUAUAUACAGAUGCUUAUGUUCUAUAAAUUUUUCUAUACCCACUUAGUUUAUCUUCUUGAAUCUUUGUUCAGUAACAUGCUAAUUCCUCUUCUAUGUUUAUUCUCUAGUGACCAAAUGCUAACAUUUUUUCACACUGGCAGAGUACUGAGGUGUGAAUUUUGAAUAAGAAAAGGGAGGGAGAGAGAAAAGGGUUUAAAAAAGCCAAACACACAAAUAAUGUUUUCUUAGCCAUUUUGAUUGGCCACCUGAAGAGUCCACAGGACAUUUCUGUUCAGCAUUAUUUAGUGAAAUAAGAUUGUCACCCUAGCAGCAUGUGUUCCUUCAAAACGGCAAACAUUUUUUAGUUUUGUUUGUCCCAUAUCAGGGGUGUCAACAAGCGCUGCUCUUAACAUGGAAAGCUGUAUCUUAAUAGUAUUUUCCGACCGACUUUUCUUCACCAAUAACUUCUUGUUGAUAGCUUUUUGUUUUGUAAGGUCAAAAUAGGACAAUGCUGGUCUCAACCACAUUAUCCAUCUACAGAAUUAGGGUAUGCAGCCAGCUGAUAAGAGACAGAUUCUCUAAUGUGUCAUUCUCAACCUCUGAGUUAGGUAUAAGCUAAUUAGUAGGAAAAUAUUGGUUUACAAAGAGCUUUUCUUAGAAAGGAUUUUGGUUUCAUGAUAUGUUUGUGAAUUAGGGAAUAGAUGUUAAUUAACCUUUAUUUUAUAGAUAAGUGAUUUGUACAUGGUUAGUUACAAAUAAAACUGGCACUAGAACCCCA